CACACAGUCGAAGCACUGAGAGGUGAAAUGGAGCAGAAAGCAGUUCAGCUGGACCGAGAGACUUUCUCUUGUUCGAUCUGUUUGGAUCUACUGAAGGAUCCGGUGACGACUCCCUGUGGACACAGCUACUGCAAGAACUGUAUCAACGACCACUGGGACACAGAGGAUGAGAAGAGGAUCUACAACUGCCCUCAGUGCAGGAAGAGCUUCACACCGAGGCCUGAGCUGCUGAAAAACACCAUGUUAGCAGCUUUAGUGGAGCAGCUGAAGAAGACUGGACUCCAAGCUGCUGCUGCUGAUCUCUGCUAUGCUGGAGCUGAAGAUGUGGCCUGUGAUGUCUGCACUGGGAGGAAACUGAGAGCUGUCAAGUCCUGUCUGGUCUGUCUGGUCUCUUACUGUGAGAAACACCUCCAGCCUCACUUUGAUGUGGCUCAAUUCAAGAAACACAAGCUGGUGGAGCCGUCAGAGAAGCUCCAGGAGAACAUCUGCUCUCGUCACGAUGAGGUGAUGAAGAUGUUCUGCCGUACUGAUCAGCAGUGUAUCUGUUAUCUCUGCUCUGUGGACGAACAUAAAGGCCACGACACAGUGUCAGCUGCAGCAGAGAGGACUGAGAGGCAGAGAGAGCUGGAGGGGAGUCGACACAACAUCCAGCAGAGAAUCCAGGACAGAGAGGAAGAUGUGAAGCUGCUUCAACAGGAGGUGGAGGCCAUCAAUGGCUCUGCUGAUAAAGCAGUGGAGCACAGUGAGAAGAUCUUCACCCAGCUGAUCCGUCUCAUGGAGGAAAGACGCUCUGAUGUGAAGCAGCAGGUCAGAUCCCAGCAGGAAACUGAAGUGAGUCGAGUCAAAGAGCUUCAGGAGAAGCUGGAGCAGGAGAUCACUGAGCUGAAGAGGAAAGACGCUGAGCUGAAGAAGCUCUCACACACAGAGGAUCACAACCAGUUUCUACACAACUACCCCUCACUGUCAGCACUCAGUGAGUCUACACACUCAUCCAGCAUCAACAUCCGUCCUCUCAACUACUUUGAGGAUGUGACAGCAGCUGUGUCAGAGCUCAGAGACAAACUACAGGACGUCCUGAGUCAGAAACAGACCAACGUCUCACUGACAGUGACUGAAGUGGAUGUUUCACUGCCAGAACCAGAACCGAAGACCAGAGCUGACUUCUUAAGAUAUUCACGUGAAAUCACACUGGAUCCAAACACAGCACAUAGAUGGCUGAUAUUAUCUGAGGGGAACAGAAAAGUAACGAACAAGAAUCAAACACAGUCUUGUUCUCGUCAUCCAGACAGAUUCACUUACUGGUCUCAGGUCCUGAGUAGAGAGAGUCUGACUGGACGGUGUUACUGGGAGGUGAAGCGGAGAGGAGGAGGAGAUGGUGUAGUAAUCGAAGUAGCAGUUGCAUACAAGAACAUCAGCAGAGCAGGGAAGUCAGAUGAAAGUGCAUUUGGAUGCAAUAACAAAUCUUGGAGGUUAGAUUGUGAAACAGACGGUUAUGAAUUUCAUCACAGCAAAGUCCACACUCCCGUCUCAGGUCGUCUGUCCUCCAGAGUUGGAGUGUACCUGGAUCACAGUGCAGGUAUUCUGUCCUUCUACAGCGUCUCUGACACCAUGACUCUCCUCCACAGAGUCCAGACCACAUUCACUCAGCCGCUCUAUGCUGGACUUUAUCUUGAUGAUGGAGGCUCUGCUGAGUUCUGUCAACUCUGAUAGGCUGAAGUCAUUUCAGGGUCAGUGGGUUGUUGUGUUUCCAUCAUUGUUGCUGAGAGCUGAUUGUUGUGUCAUUUCUUCACUGCACA